UCAAGAUGUUGUCAGCAUGGAAACAGGCAUCGUGCUGAUGCUCUUCCAUCAUAUUAUCAACAAGCAGCAUCUUAUAUCACCACUGCAGCGCUGUACCCUUAAGUUUUUUAAAGGCCAUCACAUUUGGAAAACGAUGCACCAAGUUAACUUCCUACAAACUCGCAAGAACUUUAAAUUUCAUGUCAUGGAUUUUCCUGAAUAAAUCUCUGUGAAAACUUCUAUUAAGUUAUUGCAACCUUGAAAAAUUAUAAGGCUCUAUUCCAAGAACUGCAACGUUUUUUUAUAUUAUCACUAAAUAUUAUCACUUUACCAUUAAAAAAAAAAAUGUUAAGAAAAUUAGAAUAAUCCUUCUGGGAAGUAUACAGUUUAUAUUAUGGGCUUUUCAAUUCCAAAGCAAUACUUAUUAUGUCAUUUUCUAAAACACAUAUCUAAGUAGCUCCUAGAUAUAGCAAAGGUAAUAUUUUACAGGUAAAAAUUGCUUUAAUUUUGACUAAAAUAAAACUAUAGGCCUAUUAUAUACUAUAAUAUAUAUACUACUAAUACUAUUAUCUCUCAAUAUCUGUAGAUCUUUUUUAUACCAAGACCAAAUAUCUUCUAAGGUGUGAUAAAACACCUAAAAAAGUUAAAAUGGCACUGACUCAACAUUUGGUUGCAAGAAAGUGAAAACUAGUGGAGAUUUGAAUUUUUAAGAAAGAAAGUAUUAAUUUGAUUUCUGUAACAUUUUAUAUAUGAUCCUCAGGGGUUCACAGAUGUUCGAUACAAAUUUCAGUCCAAUCCACUGAAAAAUAGGCAGUUGAUUAGGCUCAAAAUACACAUAGUUAUAAUUAAAUAAAAACAGUGUUUGGGGUAGAGUCUUUAAGGGAUGUUUGUUUAGGAAAUUCCUUGGCAUUAAAUGGGAGGUCUGUUGUGAGUUUAUAUGGAAUGACCCACUUUCUGCAGCUGAUGGUCUUGGUUAGAAAAUGUCAUAUGCAUGAGUUCACUUGACAGUUUUCGUUUUCGAUUAUAUAUGUACAUGUCUAUCAUUUCCCACAAUGUGGUGCAUAUGCUGUGUGAAAUUGGCAUGCUUUAAUAAUACAGACAACAUGCUGGGGCAGUCAGGAAGGUGACAAAUAAAAACAACACAUUGAGCAGAGCUCAGAUGGUUCUGAAUACACUCUGCAAGGGCCGGCUGGUGGUGACGACCUCACAGGGCUGUCAGCUGAGCCGGCUCACUACCAGAUCCUGGCGGAGCUCGGGAGGGGUUUUAACAACCUGAGCCAGGUGAACAUGGGACGCCACAUACCCACUGGGCAGCUGGUUGCACUCAAACAAACCAACUUGGACGAGUGCACAGAGGAGGAGCUGCUGCAGCUCAUGAACGAGGUUCUGCUCUGCAGGCUUUUCCGACACCCCAACUUGCUGACCUCCCGCCUUGUUUUCAGCUCCUCCUGCCAACUGUGGGUCCUGACCCCACUUAUGGCUUACGGCUCUGCAGACACACUACUAAGGACCUAUUUCCCUGAUGGAAUGAGUGAAUCCCUGAUCGCAUACCUGCUGUAUGGUGUACUUAAGGCGUUAGAAUACCUGCAUCGGAUGGGUUACGUUCAUCGGGGAGUGAAGGCCAGUCACAUUCUGCUGUCAGGGGAGGGACAUGUCUACCUCUCAGGGCUGCACAGUGUUUACAGUAUGAUGCGUGAGGGGAAGAGGAUGCGAGCGGUGUUCGACAUGCCUCAUCACAGCCCCGCCCUGCUGCCCUGGCUCAGCCCUGAACUACUGCGACAGGACCUUCAUGGUUAUGGAGUGAAGUCAGAUAUCUACAGUUUGGGCAUCGUGGCUUGUGAGCUGGUCAGUGGCAGGGUGCCUUUUCAGGACAUGCCACCCACUCAGAUGCUGCUUCAGAAGUUACGAGGAUCCCACUGCUGCCUGCUGGACGUGGCUCCCUUCCCGCUGGGGGAGCUGGGGGGGCUCAAGGUGUCACGGUCUGGGGUUGACUCCGGCAUCGGGGAGAGCGUAGCCACCGGCAGCCUGACGCACAGCGCCACCGCACCUCCUACUGACCGACCUCAGAGCCCCGGACCUAAGAACCACUCCGCCACCCUCCACAACCUGGUCCAGCUGUGUCUGCAGCAGCAGCCUGAGCGCAGACCUUCAGCUUCUGCCCUGCUGACACAUGCCUUCUUUAAGCAGGUGAAGAGGCACACCAGAGACUCCUUCCUCAGCCUCAUGUACCCAGCUGCGCCCCUCACCAGCCCUGAGGACCCCCCGGUGUCCAGCCCCCCCGCUCCGUCCUGCCACAGUCCCACUUCCACAGCAGACACCCUCGAGGCCGUGUGGGACUUCUCCUAAAACGGCAUCUCCCACUCCCGACUAGCAAACCAAACACAAGACAAUCAAAGCAAAGCAAUGAGGCCAAAUUCUACUGUGCUUUUUGUUUGUUUUUUUUUAUCCAUAUUAACCCGACUCUCUGAGCCUUUUUAAGUAGUUUGUAGUUUUUUUUAAAUAUGUAUUUGUCUGAACACAUAGCAGGGGUUUUGGGUGGGCUGUGGGUUUAUGAGGCAACUGUGAAAUGCUGGAUCAAAGAAGCUGCUCUGGAUAUACUGACAUCAGGAUCAGUAUUAAUAUUAAUAAUAAUAAUGGUGUAACAUGACAAGGACAAGUCAUUAAUGAGUAAUCGAGUACUUCCUCUACGAUAAAAGGCAACUAUCAGUUAAAGGAAAAGUCCACCCAGAAAUGAUGUUAAAAAAGAAGACAUUUUGUGUAGGUGCAAGGGUUGGAAUUGGCUAAAGUGGGGAACAAAUGGCACAUUCAUAUCAAAAUGUCUGACUUCAUGUUGCUUUUAGGCUUUUUUUAUGUGUGUGUGUGUGUGUGUGUGUGUACCUGAUGCAUAUGGCUGCCAAUUAUGGUACGUCCAGCUGAAACCUCGUGGGGAAUGCUUAAAAUUUUGAAGAGGCCAACAUCAAGUCAUGCCCAAAUCGCAUAAAUUACACUGUUUUUCUCCACUUUGUGAGUAUUUAACCCCUCAAAUAUGCACUUCUUGAAUACAUUUUAUUUGCAUAGCAUUUUUUUUAGCAGACUUACAAUGCUUAACAGGAAGAAAACAAAUCAAACUGAAAACAGAAAGAAGAAGGGUUAUAAAACACCUGAUAUAACUGCGAUAAUAAAACAUGAAGUUGUAGGAAAAAACACCAGAAUUUUAACAUACAGCUCACUCACCUAGGAUUAAAUAUAAACGAUCGGAAAUGUAUUGAUUAGGAUUACCAUCUUUUUUUCGAGGAGUCCCAACAUCACAAACAACAAACUAAACAAUAGAAAUAAAAUGUAGAUGAAUCUGACAUUGUUUUGUACUAUGAUGGGAAAAGGAAGCCACUCUUCAAAGCUUCCAAGUUGAGAAACUGAGUAGAGCAAUAGAAUCACUACCUGAAUCUGGUCAGUGAUUUGUAAUUACAGCUGUCAAUCAUGUAUUUAACCCUCCGACUUGUCCAAAAACACCUGUGAUCAGACAGAACCAUCCGUCCCAGAGUAGAUUUACCACAACCUGAAACUCCAGGCAAGGACUAGAUGCAGUUCUGCUUAAAUUACAAUAUGCAGACAGGAAAUUAUGGAAUUUUUAUCCAGCGACACAAAAAAACAUUGAGCACUUCAGCUUUAAACCGAUAAAUAUUCAUUCAUUAAGGACUUAAGACAUGUUUCCAGUCCGAUUUAAAAUUUUCAGACUGGUUUCAACAUCAAAAUCUGUCACCUUUGGUCACUAACUGAGACUGAGGAGUAACCACUGAUCAUGUAGAUAUGAUUUGGAAGAAUACGUGCAAUAUAUGUCAGGACGCAGUGUGUUUGUUGUGUUUCUCUGGCUAAGUUGUGUGCAGUCUUACCACAAGUGACCGGUGUUUCAACCAUAUUCUGCAAAAGGCGUUGUUUGCUGUGACUUUUAUCUGCAGGCGUCCUGAUAUAAGUGGAUAAAAUAGAACAGACUUUGUUUUUGGAAAAAGUUAGGGUGGAUUUUUCCUUUAAAAACUUAGACUGUGAAUAUCAAUGGGAGAUGAACUGUGUUAUAUACUGAGGUAUAAAGAAAAAGUAUUUGCGACACAUACUGUAUGUGCAUAUAUAUUCAUUUGUAUCUGUAAAUGUAUUUGAACCUGCCCCAGUUAGUUCAGUAAUUUUAAGGUAUUUGUUGACGCUUAAAAUUAACCGAGUGUCAAAACUGUUCAGACAAAAAGGCCAAAAUCUAACAUGUAAAUAUGUUUUUUUGUAUGUUUGAACAUAUAUGCACAUCAUGUCCAUGUACAGUACUUUGAAAACAUGUUUGUCAAUGAGCAAAUGGUACGACCUGGACUCUGCAAAGGAGCACAUUGAGCAAUAGACUAUAUCUUGUGUUUCAUGUAGGAGAUAGAUGAGUAGUGAUAUUUCUACUGUGCUCUGUGACCACUUAUCCGACAAUGCCUUUAUGUUUUACUGAAACCUGCUUUCUGAAUAUGUUGAUUUCUCUGUGACUGUGAUGAAGUGUACUGUGUAUGAGAACUGUGAUUUGCAGUACAUAUCAAACAUGGUAGCUGUAUGAGCCUUAUAUAUAUAUAUAUAUAUAUA